AUGGCCACCCCUCAAGUUGUCAACAUCUCCCUCCCUUCCCUGCCUCAGGGCUGGGCUGGUGAGAAGGAUUUCAAGAUCGUCGGUGCUCUCUCCGGUGCCACCAAGCGCAACGUGGAGCCCGUUGGCCCGCACUUCCUGGCUCACGCCCGCCGUUCUCGCCACAACCGUACCUUCUCUGAGGAUGAGCGUCUCCAGGCCCAGAACAGCGUCAAGAAGACCGAGGUUGAGGAGGAUGAUGAUAUCUCCGAGGAUGAGGAUCCUAUGAUGCUCAACCGUGAGGCCAAGGACUGGAAGGGCCAAGAUCACUACGCCGUUCUCGGUCUCAAGAAGUACCGCUGGCGCGCGACCCCCGAGCAGAUCAAGCGGGCUCACCGUAAGAAGGUCCUGCGUCACCACCCCGACAAGAAGGCCGCUCAGGGCAAGGGUGAUGAGAACGACAGCUUCUUCAAGUGUAUCCAGAAGGCCACCGACCUUCUCCUGGACCCCACCCGCCGUCGCCAGUUCGACUCCGUCGACGAGAACGCCGAUGUCGACCCCCCUACCAAGAAGCUCACCGGCAGCAAGUUCUACAAGGGCUGGGGCCCUGUCUUCGUUGCUGAGGGUCGUUUCUCCAACAAGCAGCCCGUGCCCACUCUCGGUGACGAGAACAGCACCCAGGACCACGUUGAGACUUUCUACAACUUCUGGUACAACGUUGACAGCUGGAGGACCUUCGAGUACCUCGAUGAGGAUGUUCCCGAUGAUGAUGUGAGCCGUGACCAGAAGCGUCACGUUGAGAAGAAGAACGCCAACGCUCGCCGCAAGCGCAAGACCGAGGAUGUCGUCCGUCUGCGUGAGCUUGUUGACGAGUGUCUCGCCUCCGAUGAGCGUAUCAAGAAGUUCCGCCAGCAAGCCCGUGCUGGUAAGGACGCUAAGCGUCUCGCUAAGGAGGAGGAGCUCCGCAAGGCAAAGGAGGCCAAGGAGAACGCUAAGGCCGCCGAGGAGAAGGCCAAGAAGGACGCUGAGGAGGCCGCUAAGGCUGACCGCGAGAAGAACAAGAAGGCCAAGGAGGCCGCCAAGAACGCUUCCAAGAAGAACAAGCGUAUCCUCAAGGGUUCCGUCAAGGACGUCAACUACUUCGCUGCUGCUGGCGAGCCCUCAGCCGCUGAGAUCGACGGUGUCCUUACCGAUGUUGACCUCAUCAUGGCCAAGAUCGACGUUGACGAGCUUGCUGUCCUUGCUGAGAAGCUUACCAUUGCCGGCAAGGACGGUGCUGCCGUCAAGACUGCCUGGACUGGCGAGGCCCAGCGCCUUGUCGAGGCUGGGAAGCUCAAGGCUGGUGAGGCCAAGGUCUUCGCUUAA